AUGUCCAAGGAACCACUCAUUCCGCAGCAGUCACGGCGGCGUCGGCGGUUUAUAGUUGUGCGGUUCAGCGAUCCCACACUGCAGGACCUGACGCUGGAGGUGUCGAGUAUCCCGUACGCAGACGUCACUACGAGAUGGCUGCGGGCCAUGGUGCGGCAAAUCCGCCCCGCCAAGACGGUACGGCACCGGCUGAAGUUUAUCCGCAACGGCCAGCCGCUGAACGCGAUGUCGAACCUGCGGCUGGAGCAGUUCUUCGAGUCCGCGGAGGAGAACGACAAGUACUACAUCCACUGCAUCGUGGGCCCGGAGCUGACAACGGAGCAGCUGCAGGACGAGGACGCGCUGGACAACGUGGGGCAACAGGUGGACGGGACGACGCCGGAGGUGAUCGGCUUCGACCGGCUCCGCAGCGUCGGGUUCAGCGACGAGGAGAUAGAGCUGCUGCGGCAGCAGUUCCGCGCCACGUACGGCGACCUGGACACGUCGCAGCAGCCGGACGGCGAGCGCGCGGACCUCCGGCAGCUCGAGGAGCAGUGGAUAGAGACCGGCGCCACGGAGCAGGGCGCGCAGCUCUCUAGCAUCCCCACCGCUAACUACAGGUACAACAUGGAUCUCCUGAUCGGCCUCAUGGUGGGGUGCCUGUUCGGAGUAUUCAGCAUCCUGCUGCUGAAGCAGGGAGAGCUGUUCACGAAGCGCCAGAAAAUGGCCGUCUUCGCGGGCAUCGUCGCGAACGUCAUCUUCGGCAUGACCCACUGGUAG